UAUACAAUCGGUAGAUUCUAGAUCUUGUUGUGGAGUCAAAGUCAAAGAGAGGACGGGCUUUGUUUACUUCGUGUGCACUCUCUUUCACUUCUGACUUCAUGAGUGACACUUUGAUGUCUUCUGUUUUUUGUUGUGAGUUACCCUGAGAAUUAUGUUGUUGUGAGUUCUACAUCUUCUUCUACUUACCCUCCCCCCACCCCACCGCCAUUUAUCACUUGGUUGGUUGGCGGUUGGCGGGCACUCGGAUGACCCUGAUAGUGAUGUGGUUUUAUUCUUCUCUUUCCUGUCACUAUCAAGCAAUAAUCUCUCCCUCCUUUCAUGAGUUGGAUAACACUCUACAGUUUUAAGUAUUAGUGUCUACCUCCUCUAGGCCAUCUAAUCUUCGGAAAGUUCCAAGUUCUGUAAAUCACUUACUCUACCUUAAAACGAACUAAAACUGAUCCAGAUCCCUUUUUAAAACUAUUGUAGUCCAACCUUGUCUUACUGGAGAAAGAAGCCUCAAAUCUGCUCCUCUCAGGGAUUCAUGGACAUGAUCUGCUAAGAACGCCCUUUAUAAUCAAACUAGCCACCCUCUUGAUUUGGAUGUUUGCAAGAAAAUCAGUUUAGAAUAGCAGUAGUGAGAAUAAUAAGCUCACACAGUGCGAUGGGGGUGUUCUAUCUUUAGAAAUGAGGAAACGCUGGAAUCGAUAGCAGUGGUGAGUAGCCUAGAUGCUGGCCAGCAUAGUGCUUCUGCUCUCACUCUCAGCUGUUUGCUGCACGCGUAUUUCAUGAUCGUGCUUGUUUCCUGUUCUGUUCUUGUUCUGCAUGAUCUCUGUGUGGAGCGUGGCUCUCCUACAGACUGCACUGCUGACCAUUCAGGGUGACCUCUAACCCGACAUCUGACCUUUCGUUGAGUUGAGUAACCAGGGCAACAGGCAUCAACAAUGUCUAGCUGGUUGGGCUACACCAAGAAGAUGCUGGGCUCGGCCAUCUCCACCAUAGCUCAAGAACUCGAGCAGACAGUGGUCGACUUCAAUGAUGCUGUUCAAGUGAUGGGACAAUCUAGAGAGACAUCCAAUGCUGAGACAGAGGGAAACAAGACAAACACACCCUCCUUCAGGGAACAACACCUGGCCAGAGAGAGUCAGGAACUGCCCAAAGGACCCUUGACCCUGGAUGAGCACCCAGAGGAACAACAAAUCACGGCUGCUACUCGACAAGUCGCCACUCGCACUUACCUCCAUUCUAUGUCUACAUGGCCAACCACCUGCCUUCCACCUUCGUUCAUUACCACUCAGCCUAAACCAUCUGACUCAAACAAUUCAUCCACUCAAGAGGAGAGUCUCAAGGGGUAUUCUUGUAACAGUAAAGUAUUGAAACUGUCCUCUGAUGAGGAGGGUAGCAAAUAUGAUAAAGUGAAUAAUCAUAAAGCUUUGUACGCAGCAUACGAGUACGAUACAGGGUGCAGAUAUCACAGGAAAGGGGUGUUGAGAAUGAGACUAGGAGAGAAACGACCCGGGAAGGUUAUAAGAGCGACAUCUGCAGAGUCUGACAAGUCACAAAGUGGGACUUUUUCUCCAGGAAACGAAAUCUUGUUGGCCUCUUCUGUAGAUAGACAGUCACGUGUAAAUGAAAGCAAUAGAUUGUUGGCAGCUGGAACAGUUGACAGCUCUAACAGUCAAGCUCUUGUGCCGUAUUCAGCCUCAGGGGAGGCUCAAGUCUCCCCAAAGUGGUUGGGUUUUUUCACUUUCGCUUUAGCCCAAGUCACGAGUGCUGUGUGGAUGAUACUAGACGAGCCUCCAAGAACCAGUGUAGCCUCUGCUUUGUCUCGUUCUAACAGUCCCCAAAAUGUGCCAUAUGGCAGAAGUCCCAGAAAAAAGUCAAGUGAUCUGAAGCAACAGUAUUUGGCAACAAAGCUUGAAGUCCAUAAAACACAAAACAGUUCUCAUCAUCUCAGAGACCAAGAGGACCCCCUUCUUCUCUCUCCCGUGUCCAUUCGGUCAACCUAUUCUUCAGAGAGCUUCGAAAUCAUCGAUGCUUCAAUGGCUGCAGAGGAGUCAGAGGUCGCCAUGCUCUGGUCAGAAUAUGAAGACUGUCAAAGGGAAAAUCCUGACUUUGAUGCUUACUCAGGAAGAGAGCCCUCAAAUGUUAAACCCUCAGCUCAGAUGACAAACUCAAGUGCUGAAUUGAUCAACUUUGACUUCAGUAGUCUGGUUUCAAAUCGGCAAUGGCCAAAUCAGUCACUGGAGGUUGAUGUAACACCGCAGGAAGCAGCAGGAGGAGAACUUUGUACUUCUAGUCAUGAUUGGGUUGAAAACCACUUUACUUCUGAUGGUAAAGCUCCCCAGUGUCAGUGUCGGGGGGAGGGCUGCAACAGUUCACCGCCUUGUACUGUCCACCUGUAUGUUGUGGAGAGUGAUGACGGGAGCAGUUCCUUUGAUGUACUCUCUGACCCUGGAGAGGAAGAGUUUAUUAUGUUUUAACUUCCACAAGGUCUGCUUUGCAGGCACUCUAUGGGUAAUAGAUAUAUUCCAUUCCUUCAUCUGUUUAUUAGUUUAAUUUUUGUAGAAGUUGGAGUCGCUAUGUUAUCUUCGAUGUGAAUGUUUUUCUACUUUCUCAAAUACUUUUUUAAAAGAUAAUUUUAAAUUAAUGCCAUACCUGAAUUUGAAAAUGUUUCUUUUUUUUUUCUAGUUAAACAAGAAUUUUUAGAUUUAUACUAUGCUCUCUAUACUUGGAUACUAUAGUGCAGAAUUUUGCCUCUGUAGGCUAUUAUAAACAGUCUUGUAGAGCUCAAUAUUUGCCUUCAGGAACGAUGCUUGGAAAUGUGAGUGUUUGUAUCCCAGGAGUGUCUGUAUUAUGAUGUCCUUACUAGUCUUUCCCUUAGUUUUGCUGUUUGGUGUUGUACUUGUUGUUCACUACUUGAUUGUUGUUGCUAUAUAAUUUGAAAGAAAUGGAACAUAAUAUGUUGUCACUACAAGCAAAUGCCCAUAUUUUGAUGAUUGACAUUCAAAAUGAUGUUAAAACAAAGUAGGAAUGGAGAGAACCCUACAGGCCAUGAACUGUGAUUAUCUUGUACUAAUUCGGAUUUCUACCUUUUGAAAGUUUUUAUUCACAGCUAACAAGUCUGUUGGAAAAUUUUCCCUUCGAGCAUAAAAUCGUCACAGGAAUGCCUGUAUUCCAUUGAAUUUCAGUUUCAAUUUUCACCUGCUCACAUUUUCAAGGCUGGAAUUCAGUGCUUUCAGAGGGAUUUACAACAAUUACGAAAAUUGAGUAAGGACAAGAUAGCAUUAAGCUUACAAGAUGCAAUAGUAUUAGCUUUAUUUUUAACAUCUGGAAAUUGGUGUCACACUUUCUCAGAUUAUCUUUAUGGCAGCUUUACGAUUUUUCACCCUAAAUGAAUCUCUUUAAAGCAAAGGUGAGAUGUAGCUGUUGUGCAGCUGCAUGAAAUAUAUACUGAACAAAAUUAUAUCACCAGAUCUUUUGAUACUCUAAAGCAAAAUAAAUGCUGGUGGUUGUGAAUAAAAGAAAUAUGAUUUAAUCGCUUUUUCUGUGACCUAAAAUGUUACUAAUUGACAAGUGCUUGUGUGAUACAGUUGGUGUUGGGAUCUAACCUUCAAAUCAACUUAUACUCACAGAAGAGAGAGGUUAAUCUGUUUUCUUUGAAAUAUUGUGUUUGGAUUUUUGUACAAAGUUGUUGGGUUUGUGGAUGUAAAUGAGUUAAACCUGCUUCUUACAGAAAAAAGAACUGGGUUCAAUAUCAAUUAUGAAUGCUUUCCGUUCCAGACCAUUUGCCUCUCACUCUCUGUUGUGUAGUCAAACCAUUUUGGUGGUCUUUUUUUUCCCAUUUACAACUGUUGUUAUCAAUGUUUUCUAUUCUUUUUUCUGGAGAAACUCACAUGUGUCCUAUAUCAAAAUACAGGAAAGUGAAUAUUCUAUUACGAAGCGUUAGGAAAAAUAAGGGGUUUGUUCGACUGUCAGGACUCGAAGAGUGGAGGAUAGUAUUUUUAAAAAAUUUUUGAGCCCCAAAAUGCUGCUCAUGGCCAUAAGACAUGGGUCACACAAGUCUUUUUGUGGCUCGCCAUAGUUUAAUUUUAGAUUUGCCAUACUCAUUUACUUUAGACUCCACAGCCACCAAAGUGAUGACAGACAAAUAUUAUACUCAUGUCCUGGCAACACUCCCUCUAGGAACAGUGAUGAGAAUACUCAUUUUUGAAGAAUGCUUUCGUACAAACAUGGUCUUCUUUACUGUAUCUUUUUUAUAUAUGUUGCAUCGAUGAUUUAGUGGUUAGGCUAUUGGGCUCAUUAAUGAAAUGUGUUUGGUUCAAACCCUGUCAGUGGGUGGUUGGCGGGUGCUCUGGUGUGGUUUGCUUCUUCUUUCCCAUCAAACAUCUAUUUUCCUUAUCUCCAA